AUGGAUCCAUCAAAAACGGCUUCAUUUAUUGAUUCUAUCCGACAUAGUGAGCUGACCAUUCUGCCUAUUUCAGUUGAAGAUCAACUCAUUAUUCCGGGACUCAUCGAUGUCCAUGUUCAUGCUAUCGGAGGUGGAGGAGAACAAGGUCCGUAUUCUCGAACUCCUGAAAGUCGUUUAUCUGAAUUAAUAAGAGGCGGAUUGACGACGAUUGUCGGAGUACUUGGAACUGAUGGUGUUACUAGGAGUCUGUCAUCUUUGCUACAAAAAAUGAAAGGUCUGGAACAUGAUGGUCUUACAACAUGGAUGUGGACUGGUAGUUAUCGUAUUCCUAUGGUUACACUAACCGGAUCACUGCAACACGAUUUACUUCUGAUUGAUAAAGUCAUAGGAGCCGGUGAGUUAGCACUCAGUGAUCAUCGAUCGAGUUGGCCAUCGAAAUCUGAUCUUAUACAGCUCCUUAGCGAUGCGCGAGUCGCUGGAAUGCUCAGUGGAAAAUUGGGUGUAGUCCAUUUUCAUCUGGGUUCAGCUCCAACAAAAAUUGAUUUACUUUGGCAAAUUUUAAACGAAACAACAAUUCCGAUUCAGCAUAUGUAUUUGACUCAUAUGUCAUCGCGAGGAGAUGAUCUGAUUGAAGAAGCCAGAAAAUGGAUCAAAGCUGGUGGUAUGUGUGACUUUACAGCUGAUGCGGACAUUAUCAAUGAAAAUGCAACUGUCGUUACGUUGAAUAAGUUUCGAGCAGAGAAACUACCAUUGAAACAAAUAACAGUAUCAAGUGAUGCUUACGGGUAUGGAUAUUAUUUCUUGAUAGAGCUCAUCUUACUAUGUAUGUCAGAUAGUACAAAUCGAGUAGUAUUCACUUAACAAAUGCAUCAUCUUGAUUUAUUUCCUUUGCUUUAUGAAUCUAAUCGGAUGUACAGGUUUCAAAUAAUGGAUAAAUGCAAUGGAAAUUGAUAGACAAUUUCAUAGUUGCUUCUAUUACGGAUUGCGUAUUGUUUAUUGUUGGGUAUUUUAGUACAAGAAUUGAUCCGAACAGAUUUGUCAGUUGAACUAGACCUUGCGAAUAAAAUCUACUUUUUCAUUUAGAUCACAUCCUAAAUACGACUCUUCCGGUCGUUUAAUAUCUUACGGCAUGGAUCUUCCAGAUUCAACUUUGAGAACAAUACAAACGUUAGUGUUAAAAUAUUCAUGGCCUGUAGAAGAAGCGAUCCAAUUUUCAACAUCGAAUCCAGCGACAUAUCUCAAUUUG